GAAACCCACACUCCUAUAAAAUAUCAAUCCUUUACUCUUGCUUCUUCCUUUUGCCUCUCUCUACCCUAACUCGGCCGACAUACUUUUAAAGCCAAGACCCCGACAACCCGACCCGAUAAAUAUUCGGCUCCCAAAGCUGCUGCAUACUCAGAGAGUAUGGCGUUGGAACUUAUGGAUAACUAAGGCUUAGUAGUGGACUGAAAUCUUGUGAGGUUUUGAGGAGUCAUGAUGUAUUUGCCCCCGUGUUUCUUAUCAAUGAAUUUAUAAAAUUGUCAUCCUGUCUUGCUGAUCAAAUUUACUGCUUUUGAAGCUUCAAAAUGUCAACUGGCCCUGGGCUUGAGUCUCUUGUGGAUCAGACAAUCUCAGUUAUUACAAAUGAUGGACGCAACAUAGUGGGAAUUUUAAAAGGCUUUGACCAGGCCACAAACAUCAUUCUUGAUGAAUCUCAUGAGCGUGUGUACUCCACUAAGGAAGGUGUUCAACAACUUGUGUUGGGUUUGUACAUAAUAAGAGGUGACAACAUAAGUGUUGUUGGUGAACUAGAUGAAGAGCUUGAUUCUGCUCUUGACUUGUCAAACCUGAGAGCACAUCCUCUGAAGCCUGUUAUCCAUUGAUUGAAAUAUGGAAAGUUGUAGAGUUGCUAUGGACAGCAUGUUGGAUUAAAUACCUGAUAAAACAUGGCAAAGAACAUAAAUAUAAAUUCGAGAAACCUAAUGUGUAGUAAUUUUCCAAUGCAUUUCUAUGUCAUUUUGGUAGUUGUUUUCA